GCCCUCACGCCCCAUGACCAUCGCUUUCCUCUGCUCUCUCAAGGGGGGAAGGAGGUUGCCAGCACCUGGCUGAUGCGAUGAUUGCGCUCUCAGAUCUCGAGCCGCGGCACGAAGAGGCAGAGCCUCUGAACCGUCCAGUUCCUCAAUCGACCAGCAUCCAAGUGGAGAACCUCGAGCCAGUCCAGGAUAAACGACAAAACCCCUGGAAAAUCUGUAAUAAUCCUGUGAGGGGGAAGUGUAAACUGUGGAUGGCAAUUGUUUCCCUCUUCAUAGGCUUCAUUGUAAUGAUUUUUAUAAGUUUGAUUAUCCAUGAAGCAAGCUAUAGAGAUGAAGAUGAAAAUGAAGAACUUGAACUGGCAGCUAAUAAAACAUUCUUGGUCACACUAAAGAUUCCAGAAGAGUGUGUGGCUCAAGAGGACACACUAUCUAAUGAGCUCAGUACAAGGCUCACAACUCUUUACAGUUCAUCUCCAGCUCUGAGCCGAUAUUUUGCUUCAGUAGAAAUAGCUGACUCCAGUGACAAUUCCACUGUGGCAUACCACCUACACUUUGCAGUUCCAUCAGAUGAUGACGCCUUUAUGAAGUACAUGAUGAGUGAGGAGUUAGUGCUGGGCAUUUUGCGACAAAAUUUUAAUGAUAAGAGUGUAACAGGCUGUGAAACUCUGGGGAUUGAUCCAGCUUCUCUCUCACUCUCCUAAUGAAAUGGAAUCACACUCUUGGUUUCUGAAGACCAUAGUCUUUCAGUAUCUGUUACUUUUCUGGAAAGAGAAAACUAGUUUCAUAGUAGAGACAGAAAUUUGCUAUCCCCAGCAUUCUGAAGACUAUAACUAGAGACUAAAGAGGCUGAGACCAUUGUCCUUUGGAAUCCUUAUCCUGUUGUACACAAGCAAUUCACUUAACUCUUGCUGUAAGGGGGCAGAAGAAAAAGCUGUCAUCACAGGUCCAGAGAAAUCCUCUCCACUCUAUGGAAUAUGAAGAGUAAAUAAUUUCCUGUAGCUAAUCAGAACACUGUGUAGCCCUAACUAGCAGGAUAGCACCUGAAUAGCCCCAGGUAUUUAAACUUGUUAAAGCAGAUGGGAGAGGGAGGAAUCUCUCCCAUGUGUUUAGUGGCUGGUUUCCUCACCAGUAGGGGCAUUUCUGGUACAUUUCCCCCUCUAGUAUAUGGCAGCUGCAUAUACAAUUGUCAUUUGAAAUAAUUUUGGAUGGGUGAAGGAAGGCUUGAAAUUUUCUAGUGGUGAAGAAAAAAGUGAGUCAACUACUUUUUGUAGGUUUCUGGAUACUAGUUAGGGAUAAUAUGAUCUACCUCCUAGACCAAGUAUAGCUUCCUUUGGGGUAGUACAAAAUACUGAGUAAUAAAGCUAUGAUCAUAUACGUGAGAGUAGGAGACCCUAGUAUACUGAUUGCCAUGCUAAUUUGUGGUACUUUAUGUUUAUUCUAUAACAGCCUUUUUUUUUUUUUUUUGCUACUAAAUGUCAGUAUAUUUCUGGUAUAUUUGGAAACUGAGGGCAGCUAGGGGAUGCAGUAGAUAGAGUGCCAGUAGUCAGGAAGACUAAUUUUCCUUAGUUCAAAUCUGGCCCAAGACACUUCCUAGUUAUACACUUCUCUGUUUACCUCAGUUUCCUUGUCUGUAAAAUGAGCUAGAAAAGGAAAUGGAAAACAACUUCAGUAUCUUUGCCAAGAAGCCCCCAAAUGGGAUCAGAGAGAGUCAGAAACAAGUGAAAUGAAUGAACAACAGCAACACUGAGUUGUGGGGAUCACAUGGACUAAAAGCAAAGUGCUUAGAAAAACUUGAAGUAUUUGGAAAAUAAGAUCUGCUAUUGCUGAUUGAAGGAUAAUCUCUCCUAAAUACAUCAUACGAUUGAUUAUUCAAUACCUCCCAAUACUGAGGUAUUGGCGUUGACCUGAAAAAGUAAACUGAUAUGAUGAUAAAAUAGAAGCUAUUUUCUUCUUGCACUAGAUUCACUUUAUAAAUGGAUCAGCCUGUGACUCAGCAGCACCACCUGGUGGUUCUUACUAAAUAGAUAGGGCUCCUAUCUAUCAUACUAUGAUUUCAUAUUCAUAUCACCUUUGGUGAUUUCCACAAAAAAUUGUUUCAUGGUUAAAAAAUGAAGUAUUCUUGCUUUUGAUUGUCUUAGAGUUAAAUUGAACUUUAAGCAGAAGUCAGUGAGAUGGACAAAUAUUUGCAUGUGUUUCAUUAUUUGCACGUAAAUAUAUUAUCUCUUUCCACUUUUUCUUCUAUAAAUGUGUAUGCAAAACUGAGGCCAAAUUUGACUAGCUUUUUAUGCAUAUAAUAGAAGGCUGGCCAAAUCACUUAACUUCAUGAUGCUCUGGGCAAUUCGCUAGGAAUGUAAAUUGUAGAGAAUGGACAUUGGUAGAAGGGGGUUUCCACACAGGAGAACUUACCAACACCAAUGAAAUCACAGGUCCAGCUCCUAUCUCUAUUUAUGUAUUUUUUCAGGAUUAUGUGGAAUGUGAAUAUUCUUUUUUAUCCAUAAGAAGACAAUGAAGUUCUUAUUUCAGAGACAGCACCUUAAUUAAAUUAUAUAGGAUUUUCCUUGUCUGUCAUAUUUUUGUAUGUUUUACGUGUAAAAUGCAAAGUUUGUAGAUUUUAGAAGAUAAAACUUUUGUUUUUUAAAAGGAAGAUGAUUUAAGAAAGUAUUUUUUACAGCAAAUUAUUUUGUAUGAUGUUUCUAGUUAUCUUUUGGGUUUUUUUCCUUUUUAUAUCUUAAUGUUUUCAAGAGAAUGAGAGAGAGGGGGAGAGAGAGAGAGAGAGAGAGAGAAUAUGAAUAUGUUCAUGCUACAACUAAUAGCUUAAAUUCCCUACUAGGUAAAUUCUUCUAGGGAUUGCUACAUGGAUUAGGUCUGGAAUCAUGAAGUCUAAUCUUUCUGAGUUCAAAUCUUUCCUCAAAUCUCACUAGUCAUGGCCCUGGGCAAGUCUCUUGGCUCUAUUUGUCUCAGUUUCCCCAUCUAUAAAAUGAACUGGAGAAAGAAAUGGCAAAUCAUUCUAGUAUCUUUGCCAAGGAAACCCCCAUUGGGGAUACAAAGAGUUAAACACAAUUGAAAAAUGACUCAACAACAAUGUAUUCCUUUAAGAAUGUGAUGAAGGGGCAAUAGGCUUACGUCUAUGAGUCAGUGUCAAUAUCUGGGAGCUUUCUUGUUGAACUGUGGCUGGGAAAAGGAACUUAUUUAUAUCAUUUUUAAGUACACACAAUUUUCUCCUCUGCUCAUUCCUGAAAUGAGCAAUAGAACUGACAAGCUACUCACAUUGAGUUAUGCUCCCUUUGGAAUUCAUGCCCCUCUGUGAAGAGGGGAAGGCCAUAUUCUUAUUGCUACCCUGACUACAUUCAUCUAGACAAACAAAAAUCUAAGUUCUCCCCGCCAAGGGAAGAUCAUAUUUGAAUCGAAGAAGAGUCAAGUUCAAGUGCUCUGCUCUAGAUUAUACAGCAAAUUGCACAUUGCUAGCUGAGCCAGGAGUUAAAAGGCAUGAUUUUCAUGAAAAGUCAUAAACUCAUGACUUUCCAGACUAGUGAUUGAAAUCAAGUGUGUAGGGUCUUUAGAUGGUAAGUAAAUAGAGCGGUGGAUUUGGAGUCAGGAAGAACCAAAUUCAAAUCCAGUCAUAAUUAUUAGCUGAAAGACUGGGCAAGACAUGUAACCUCUGACUGCCUUUGUGCCUUCAUCUAUAAAAUUGGAAUAAUAAUAGUCUCAGUCUUCUAGGGUUGGGAGAAUAAAAUGAAAUGUUUGUUAAGUGUUUUGCAAACCUUAGAACAGUGGUUCUCAAACUUUUGUUUUCAGUAUCUUUAUCCUAUUAAAAAUUAUUGAGGAUCUCUCCAAAGAGUUUUUGUUUAUCUGGAUUAUAUUUAUGGACAUUUACCAUAUUGGAAAUAAAAACUAUUUUUGAAUUUGUGGACCCUCUAAAAGAGUUUCAGAGAUCCCCAGGAUUCUCUAGACCAUACUUUGAGAACCACUGCCUUAGAAUGUUAUAUAAAUAAUAGUAUAGGUAUUAUGCAAAUUGUCAAAGUUAUGAAUAUUUUAAAUAUAGUCUUCUAUGAAAAUAAUAAGUGACUCAGAGAAAAUACAUGGGUUAGCAAAGUGACCACAGCUGUUUAUAGUUAGUAGAUGCUAAAUUAUUGUUGUACAAAGAAUUUGUAAGGAAAUUUAGGAGGAAUUGUGGCUGUGCUUAUUCCCUUAAUAAACUGUUAAAGAAAAAAACAACAUAGACUAUGUGAUCAACUUAGGUUCGCAGACUGAGACAGGAAUAGAACAAUUCACCAUCAAAUGAACACCAGCAUACACAAAUUUUCAUUUUUUUAAAGUGUGAUUCACCUGUAGUGGUUUCUUUCUGCACAUAAUGGGAACAUUUAGAAUGAGUUUCACUCAAGGUGACUGGCUUGGAAAUGUUAGACCAAACUUUCAAAUGGGCAGUAGGUUUCCUUAUUUUCACUUGGUUUAAGUUCUCUUCUUUGUCUCUGUUUAAAACAAAGAUUUAUUUAUUUGUGAGCAUAUGGUUAUUUGUAGGUUUUAAGUAUGAAACCAGGAAAGAAACCAAAGGAAAGUCUGUGUGCUGAUAACUGUAUUUAUAAGAGUUUGGGGGGAGAGGUGGGGAAGGAACCUUCGUGUGGAGAUUAUAGAACCAGAAGGGACUUGCGUUAGAGAUGAUAAUAAUCUAGGCCAUCAUUUUGGAGAUUAAGAAAUUGAGGCUUAGGGGAGCUAUUUCCUCAAGGUCACAUAGGCGACAAAUAUGAGUUGUUGUUGUUGGUCAUUCUGGAUCAAAAAGGUGAUGACAUGCAAGUGAAUCAGACCUAAGUGAAGGAGGACUGUACAAGAUCCCAGCCUCACUUUUUCUUCCAGAUUUACCUAAAUCUAAUGGUCAGAUAUAGAUUAAGAAGGUUUGAGAUGGGCCCAGAUACAAUGGGGGAGACCUUGGCCUUUUUAAGCUCCUCAUUGGAUUGUUAGUUCCUUGCUAAGUCAUGUUUCCGAUUUAAAAGCUAUCUUGUUUCCAAUUUCAGCUAUUUUUUUUAUCAUAUUUAUUAAGCAAUGAAGUUUGUACUUUUUAUUUUGUAAUAUUUUGUGUAUUUUUGACUUUUUAUGUAUUUGUAUAGUAAGAGUAUUCUCAGCUGAUGGAAUGAAUGAAUUUUAAUUGUAAAAAUGUGGUUUGGGGGAUGAUGAGAUUUUCCUUAUCCAAAAUUAACUUCCUUGCAUUGUAUUUGAAACCCUGCUAGGGAAAGUGCAUUGGACUGGGAAUUGGGAGGCCCAACUUCUAGCUCCAGUUUGGCCAAGAACUAAUUGUAUCCUGCAAGUUAUCUACUUAGAUCUUCUUAUGAUACUUAGCAUUUUUUCUUGGUUAAAACAAUCACCUCCCAGACAUCACCAAUUGUUAAACAUUAUAAUAAAUAAAAUGAAAAUGUUAUCUA